CAGACUUUUGUGUUUCCCUUUCCUCCCAGCUUUAAAGCCCUGAGCCCACAGCUCCCUCCUCUUUUCUCCCCUCCGCAACACCAGAGGACUGGAUAACAAAGACCUCCCCUUCGCUCCUGCUGGAGUGGAACAACCAACCACACCUCCUUUCAGAGACUCUUCCAGACAGAAAGGCGCAGAGACUGUUGGACAACCACACGUGCGGGUCAUAUGCUAGAUACAGUGAGGGAGUGCACUUACUGUCAGCUUGUAUAGACUGACUGGGGUUGGGCUGGGAGAAAGACUACACAACAGAAGUUUUCUGCUCGUCGUUGUGUCAAGGGGAACUGAAAAAACACAGACCUAUUUGGGAAAUAGUGUUCUAUCACAUCUACUGGUUUUGAGUUGCACUGCUGGUGACCAGCCCCAUCCUGAUCUGGUCCCUGGGGUAGGCUCGUUGAAGUGGAGAUGAGGGUAUCUGGGUUAGCCCUCUGGGCCUGUCUUGCCUUGUUCUGGAUGCUGAUCGGUGCAGAGGAGAGACAGCCCUCCAGCGGCUUGGCAGCCAGAGGUUUACCAGAGCAUGGCAUUGGAGAGAAGAAUGUUGAAAUGAAGGAUGAGCCUGCUGCAGAGGUCGCGGAGACAAAACCAAAGAAGAAGAAAUCCCCAGAGGAAGUCGAGGCAGCCAGGGCAAAGAAAGCAGCAGAGAAGGAGGCCAAAGCAAAGAAACAGAAGGCCCCAAAGCCAGAAAAAAAACCCAAGGCGCCAAAACCCACCAAAAAACCCAAACCACCUAAACCCACCAAGAAACCGAAAGCCCCAAAGGCCACUAAGAAACCCAGUGCCCCUAAGAGCACAGGGGAGAGGGACGAGGGGUUGCGACCAACCCCCAAGCGGCCUGGUAUGGAGGAAGAGGAGGAGAAGCUCUUGAUAGAGCUGGGCUGGGACAAACUGUACCCACAGCAACCUGAGAAGAAAGAGUCCUCAAAUCCAGACUUGAGUACCGACUCCAAAAGACCUACAGUGCCCACCAAACUCCUCACUGAGCAUGAUGAAGAUUACUGGGAUGCCAGACAUGAGGUUCCGGGACGUCAACCUAACAAAGAGGUCACAACCACAGAGGUCAUCAUGUACAUACCAGAGGAGACCACCGCCAUCCCUUUUGUAGGCCCCUGGUAUGAAGAAUACGAUUAUGCUGACUUGGCAGCUAAGAAACUGGAGGAGGAGGCUGAAAAGGCUCGCAAGGAGAAGGAGGAAAAGGCUGAACGUCUGAGAAAGAAAUGGGAGGAGGAGGAAGAGGAGAGACUGAGGCAGACGCCUGUCUAUGUUGAGCCAAAAAAAUGUCCCCCUCUGGGCCUGGAGUCCCAUCGUGUUGAGGACGACCAGCUGCUGGCUUCCUCUCAUUCCCACCAUGGCCUAUCUGCUCAGAGGGGACGCCUCAACAUGCAGGGCUCCGGUGAUGACGAGAGUGUGUAUGGUGGAGCAUGGUGCGCAGAGUCUGAGGAAAAGAAUCACUGGUUUGAAGUGGACGCACGCAGAGAAGUGGAGUUUACUGGGGUCAUUUCCCAGGGGAGGAACUCAGAUCAGCAUGAUGAUUUUGUGUCCUCCUACUUUGUGGCGUUCAGCAAUGACAGCCGAGACUGGACAGUGCUCAACGAUGGCUAUGCCGAGUGGUUGUUCUAUGGGAAUGUCGAUAAGGACACCCCAGUGACAAUACAGUUUGAUUGGCCAGUGGUGGCACGCUACAUUCGGAUCUUACCUCAGAGCUGGAAUGGCAGUCUGUGUAUCAGGGCUGAGAUCAUGGCCUGCCAGCUGCCUGGUAGCUUCCACAGUGAAAACGAGGUGAAGGUGUCAGAUGACCUGGACUUCAGGCAUCACAACUACAAGGAGAUGAGACAGAUGAUGAAAGUCAUCAAUGAGGAAUGUCCCAAUAUCACCAGGAUCUACAACAUUGGCAAGAGCUUCCAGGGCCUGAAGAUGUAUGCCAUGGAGAUCACCGACAACCCGGGAGAGCAUGAGACUGGCGAGCCGGAAUUCCGCUACACCGCCGGUCUCCAUGGUAACGAGGUGCUGGGCCGUGAGUUGCUGCUGUUGUUGAUGCAGUUCCUGUGUAAGGAGUACAACGACGACAACCCCAGAGUGCGCCGUCUGGUGGAGGGAGUGAGAAUACAUCUGGUGCCCUCUCUAAACCCAGAUGCGUAUGAACUGGCAUACGAAAUGGGUUCAGAGAUGGGAAACUGGGCCCUUGGCCACUGGACUGAGGAGGGAUAUGACAUCUUCCAGAAUUUUCCAGAUCUCAACAGUGUUCUCUGGGGGGCAGAGGACCGAGGAUGGGUCCCUCGCAUCAUACCCAAUCACCACAUACCCAUACCUGAAAACUUCCUCAAUGGCUCUGUAGCCACUGAGACUAAAUCCAUCAUUUCCUGGAUGGAGCGCACCCCAUUUGUACUGGGGGCCAACUUGCAGGGGGGAGAGAAGGUGGUGGCAUACCCAUUUGACAUGCAGCGCCCACCCAAGGCUCUGGGGGCCUCUGGGUUGCGUCAAGGAAGACCGGUUAUUGACCACGAGAUGAAUGAGGAGACGUGGGCUCGGAUCCAGCGGCAAAAUAAAGAAGGGCUGAGGGAGACAGCGGAUGACACCAUGUUCCGUUGGCUAGCUAUGUCAUACGCCCACAGCCACCUGACCUUGACAGAGACGUACAGGGGGUCCUGCCACACCGAUGACUUCACAGGAGGACAGGGCAUCGUCAACAGAGCCAGCUGGAAACCUGUCGUGGGAAGUAUGAAUGACUUCAGCUACCUGCAUACCAACUGCUUUGAGCUCUCCAUCUUCCUGGGCUGUGACAAGUUCCCCCACGAGAGUGAGCUGCCUCUAGAGUGGGAAAACAACCGCGAGGCCCUGCUCUCCUUCAUAGAGCAGGUGCAUCGUGGGAUAAAGGGUUUAGUGAGAGAUAUGGAGGGGAACCCUUUAGCUAACGCCACUAUCUCUGUGGAGGGAAUCCUGCAUGAUGUCAAAACUGCUGCAGGUGGGGAUUACUGGAGGUUGUUGAACCCUGGGGAGUACCGUGUAACAGCCCGUGCCGAUGGCCACAAUCCCCAGACCCGACUAUGCAUGGUGGGCUAUGAAUCUGGAGCCACCUCCUGCAGCUUCACUCUAGCCAAGUCUAACUGGGACCGCAUCAAGCAGAUCAUGGCUCUCAGCAAGAAACCCAUAAGGCUUGUUCCCAAAGCGAAAGCAAGCGUCGUCAGUAGUGGUACCGUCAGCAGUGUGGGCGCCACAAGGACGGACACCGUUGGGGUGUCUAUGGCAAACGCCAACUCCCAGAAUGCGGAGCGCCUCCGGCGGCUACGACUGAUGCGUUUGCGCAGACUGCGGCAGCAGAGGCUACAAGCUCGCCUCACAACAACUGUUGCUACAACAACCACUACGACAGCAUUCACAACAACAACACAGAAAGAAACCACAACUUCUUGGUAUGAUUCAUGGUUUCCUGUGGAGAGUCUGUCUGAAGAGAAUCCAGUAGAUGGGAUCCUUCCUGAGUCACACCCCACACAGGACUACACCUUUGAGUACACAUUUGAUGAAAAUUAAAGACCACAGUUACACAACUUACGAUAUCCUUACUACCAAUAGGACCAGUUUAUAACGUUGUCCAUACUUACACAAAGCGUUACAUUCUACUGUACCUAAUUUGAUCUAACAUGCCGUGUAUGAAAGUAAGAAUAUCAGUUAUUAUUACAGUAUGUGCUUAGUUUUUAUGUCUUAGUAUAGCCAGUGUCUAUUUCUGAAAUAUAUUUUUUAUGCAUAGAGCAUAUCUGGAUGCAGGAGAAUUCUCUGCUGAGCGGGGACCUGGCAACAAACCCACAGGUGGAACAAUAAUGAUGCAUGUUCAUGACAGGGGAAUGAGUUUGAAUAAGAUCCUUUCAAAAUAAAUGCAGCUAGAAAUAUUUGAACAUGAUCGCUAGUCUCAGAUCCUGACAUGUGUGAACAAAUCCUAUUAAAAUGAAUUUUGUAAAAA